GGUAUGUCCUUUAUGCAACAAGGGGCAAUACUGUGCAAAUUGAAGAUACAGUUACUUCCCUCGUGUAACACUUCUUCCUAUAUACUGUUAUUGGGUUUAAGUUGACUUUCCGCCAUUGAAUAAGGAUCUUUUUAAGAAGCACGCCGUGAAGUAGUAUUUUCAACCCGACACCCAUUUCAACAGCAAAGGCAGAUGUUGCUCGUGAAGCGACAUCAAUGACACGUUUUGUCUUCAGUGUCUAACACAGUGUUCCAACAUAAAUAGCAACGAUGAGGAAAACAUACGACUAUCUCUUCAAAAUUCUUCUGGUCGGUGAUGGCGAUGUUGGGAAGACACAAAUUUUGUUUCGGUUUUCAGAAGACGCCUAUAACGCCCUAUUCGUUUCCACUAUAGGAAUAGAUUUCAAGAUUCGAUCUAUUGAGUUAGAUGGAAAAAUCGUCAAACUUCAGAUAUGGGAUACAGCCGGCCAAGAGCGGUUUCAGACGAUUUCAACUUCGUACUAUAGAGGAGCUAUGGGGAUCAUGCUAAUUUACGACAUAUGCAACGCAAAAUCAUUUGAUAACAUCGCUGGUUAUCAUGAGCACAUGAAACAGCAUGCAUGCCCUGGUUUUGAGAUAAUGCUGCUAGGUAACAACUGUCAUAUGGAAGACAAGAGACAAGUAAACAAGGACACAGGAGAAAGGUUCGCAGCACAACACAAAAUGUCAUUCAUGGAAGUCAGCGCCGAUGCGAACAUCAACAUACAGGAAGCAUUUUUCACGCUUGCUAGACUGAUCCUGAAUAAAAAGGAGGUUUCAAUCGGUUCGGAUGACUGCGGGCACGAGGACGGGUCAGAUGAAUGUGUCCAGGAAGAUGGUUCUGAAGAGUAUCGACCUGGGAAUGCAUGUGUUGUGCAAUAAAAAACACUACAUGGUGGAAACAGAAUUUUGAUAUAAUAUAUUGUGUUAUAAUUACGAUGUCUAUAUUAUACUUUAUUAUUAUAUUUUGUGCUUCACUAUUUUCAUACGUGGUAAUUUAUUGUCGUGCAUAUAAUUAUAGUAACGUUUGUGUCAUGUAUUGCCAUAGGACGAUCAUGUAUGCUAAUGUUUGUCAAACGAUGUAUGCAUAUAGUAAUAACAUUAUUUAAGGGCAAAAUCGUUUUAGAUUUCUGUGUAAGGUAUCAUGUGUGAUAAAAAAUCUGCAUACUUUUAUAACAAUUCAUUAAAAUGCUACAGAAAACAUAUGUAACUGAGUAAAAUAAUACAAUACAAUUUCGUUAAGAUGAACUUAACAAAAGACAAAUAGUAUCAGGAGUUUGUCAUAAGUCCUGCGCUCAAACCCUAUAUAUCAAGUUUUUAUCUUUUUAAAACACUAUUUGAGUAUGCAUUUUAUUACUCUCUUUAAAGUUAAGUCAUUUGAAGGGUUAACGUUUGGGAAAUGCAGUUAAAUCCACUAAGUGUUAUUGGGCAUGACCAAUUCGCUGCCCCGACAAUAUACAUUUUAUCUGUUUGUACAUAAUGUUAUUUAUAGAUUUGUGACGUCAAUGUUUUCGUCUAACCCAACAUGUAUGACAGAACCAUGCUAAGCUAUCUUGAACAGAACAAAAUAACACAGUCGAAAAAUGAUACCUUUGCAAACUUUGAUGCGUUUGCAAUACCUUCCGAAUCGUUCAAGCUAACGUCAUUAAAUUCUGUGCAAUGGUCGGAUUUUUUUUCAGACUCGUGAAUUUAAAUGCUUUCUGAAGCUAUGUCUUUUGGCUGUGGCUGAGGUUGUGUGAUAGUUUAUUCUUUUUAAUGCAUCCUUUUUAAUAAAUCAAAUACAGGCAUUUUCUUUUAGUUUAUGUCAAACCCAUUAUUGUUAUUUUGGCGAUUAUACAUUAAUAGAACCUUCUCUAUAAAACGAUAUAGGUUUGCAAUUAAAGAUUUAGUCCAUUGACAAAUGUUAUAUGCAUUGUAAAAGGCAUAAGUUCUAGUGUAUUUCAAUAGCGUCUUUUAAAUGAAAGAUAUUUGUUUACGGUGAAAAUGCUCGAAGUUAGAAAAAUGUUAACAUACAGUCGGUGCGAAAGUUAUAAACGCUACGGUCAAAUGGUGAUUUACUUCACAUUAUCAAAUACUAUAUACUUAUAUAAAACGUACAAAACAAUAGAAAUAUCGAAACCGGUCUUAAUUAUCUGUGUUGACUUCUUUUGGUCCACUAUAAAUGUUUUUACUGUCGCA